CACUUUUUGGGGGUGGCGGGGCGGGGGGGCCUUCUGCGGGGAAUGUGGGCUCCGCCGGGGGAUGAAGAGCCUGCUGGGACGGAGCCGGAGCGAAAGGAGCCCGAGCGAAAGGAGCCGGAGCCCGGGGAUGGAUGCUGGCUUCUUCUCUAGGCUGUCAGAUGAAUCUCCAGCGGGUCAUGCCAACGCAGAAAGCUGGUUUCAAAUAAACUCUGGCUAACUAUCAGAGAAAGCUUACCAAAGGCUUCUCUCGCUUGCCGCUUCUAACCUGUCCACAAUGCAGCCAACUAGAGAGACUUCGGAUGAAUUAGCCAUCAUCGAUGAGCUGAUUAAAGAAGAUGGUUUUGCUGAGGAUCCAGGAUCCCAGGAUCCGGGCUUCGUUGAUCGAGCCCCCCAAGUUGAUUCCCAGAAGCACCGACUUCACCCCGCCGGGGGAGAUGCGGAGCGCCGGGAGGAUGAGCCUUUUGCAGAACGGGCUGGAGCACUUACGGGGUGUCGGUGGGCCCCGCCCCGGCUUCACCCCAGGAUUCCUUCCCCCAACAGCUGUCCCAGACCCUCAAUAACUUGUCCUUGCGGCCCCAGCUGGUCCCAGAGGGCUGCUGCCCCCCAGCCGGGAUAUGGAUGCUCCUUGGACAGCUCCUGGCCCUUCGGGGUGCGCCACGGUGGCCCCAGAACCUCUGGAUGACGCCAUGCGGGACCCCAAGCUGGUGAUCAUCGAGCAGCCGAAACAACGAGGGAUGCGCUUCCGGUAUCAGUGCGAAGGGCGGUCAGCCGGGAGCAUUUUGGGAGAAGGGAGCAGCGAGACCAACAAAACGCUGCCUACCAUUGAGCUGCAGAACUUCGAGGGGAUCCCGGAAGUGAUGACGGCUUGCUUGGUCUGGAAGGACUGGCCUUAUCGGAUCCAUCCUCACAGCCUGGUAGGGAAGGACUGCAGCAACGGCCGUGAAGUGACUCUGAAGCCUCGAAUCAAUGCCAGGCAUAGCUUCAACAACCUUGGGAUCCAGUGUGUGAAGAAGAGGGACAUAGAAGAAUCCAUAGAGAAGAAACUACAACUUGGAAUCGACCCUUUCAAAGCUGUUCACUCAAGAAUCCCCAAAGAGGUUGACAUGAACGUGGUCCGGAGUUUCCAGGCCUCUUACCAGGAUUCUAUGGGGAAGACGUGGCAUCUGAACCCAUCCUCUCGGGAACCAUCUGUGACAAAAGUAGAAUCCACAAACACGUCGGAGCUCAAAAUCUACCGGAUGAACAAAGAACAGGGAACCUGCGUUGGCGAAGAAUUUUAUCUGCUGUGCGACAAGUCCAGAAAGCCUCUUCCACUGCCUAGUUUCCAAAUUUCUGCCCAGGCUGGAAAUUUAGAUUCCUUGAAUUUGGUUCCCAACCCUCCUAAUCGUUGCUUCACCAUCUUACUUGGCAGAGACAUUUCCGUCGUUUUCCGGAAAGACGCUUGGGAAGGCAAAGCUGAUUUUUCCCAAGCGGAUGUCCCGCAGAUCGCCAUCGUCUUCAAGACCCCCCCUUACCACCUGGACAUCCUGGAGCCUGUGGAAGUGGAGGUGUACCUGCGUCGCUUGACGGACAGCGUUUCCAGCGAACCGUUCCCCUUCACCUACCUGCCCAAAGACACAGAUACAUACCGGGUCAACAAAAAACGGAAGCAAGGUAUGCCUGAUGUCCUGGAAGAACUUUCUGGUCCAGAUCCUCAUGGGAUUGAAGCAAAAAGGAAGAAGAAGAAGCCUGACUAUCUGGACCAUUUCAACUUGACUCCUUCAGCAGACUUCUCCUUAUCCUCCCAAGAUCGGGGUUUCCUGCCCAGCAUGGAACGUAUCAUGCUGCCGGAUCUCUAUGAGGAAUUUGGUCGGUUUUCCGGAUUUUCACCUUACAGCGGCCCCAGCUUGAGCGACGUGGUUCUGCCCUCUGCUACGAACUACGCAGAGAGGCCAGAACAGGAAUUCUUGCUUGAUGCUUAUUCGGUCCAUUCGGGCAUCACCAUCCCUCUGGUGCUGCCCGAGGAUUCGGAGCCCGAAGAUGUGGCGGCCUUGGUGGGAAGCAGCAUGUUCCCCAGCCAGUACAAAGAGGAGGAAGGAGAUCUAGAAAUGGAGAACCCCGCAGACGCGUGUGACAGAAGGGCCCUAGUCUCUCCAUUUUGGGAGGAACCAACAAAAGAUUUAUUUCUCGCUGACAAACCUGGUAGUAAUCUCUGCGGGACGGCCCUCUCUGGGAGAAGAUGACGUGAAAAAAACAUGGAAAAAGAUGGCGUUCAUCGCGGGAUAACGGAAGAGAAAUUGCAUCCUUAGGCGGGAAGGAUUCUCUGCGCGUGCUUCCUGUUUCCCUUGAUUCUCGCAGCGCGUAAACUCAGCAGCGAGAACUGGAUGGGUUUUCGAAUUCCCGCGAAGCUGCAGGAUGGUUUCCUGGCGUUGGGCUUAGCGUGAUGCGCGAACCUAGGUUGAAAAAUAAUACAGGUAGUCCUCAACUUACGACCGCAACUGAGCCCCCAAAGGUUUGUGACUGAAAGGGAGACGUUUCUUACGUCAGUUUUGCCCCAUUUUAUGAUCCUUCCUUGCCGCCGCCGUUAAGUGAAUCCCCGCAGUUGUUAAGUUAGU